UUCAGAGCUGCCUCAGCAGAAAGUAAGCAUUUACGUUGAAGACUUCAUGGACGAAGAAGAAGAGAAGCUGAAGUUUCAACAACCCUUGCCAGUUAAGAAGACGAAAGACAAGUUUGAUAAGGAAAGUGGGGUUUUGAGGUUAAAGGUGUCCUAGCGAGGAGAUUGGGCCUUUAAGAGAUUUUUGUGAUAAAUGGGUUGGUAGAAGGCGGAUUUUGAGGAAUUUUAUAGACUUUAUGAGGGAGGUUGGAUUCUGAGAGGUUAAGGCCUUGGGAGUGGUAUGAGGAAGGAAAGGAUUUGGAGCUUAAAAGAUACAGAAAUGUAUAUCGAAGAAAUUUAGACUACUUCUUAUGGUUUAUAAAAUAAAGGACAGUUUCAAGCUAAAAUAAAGAACUCUUCAUCUACCAAAGAACAGGCUCUGUAUACGAAUUCUAUGAGUUUACAGGUAAAGUUUUAGGUGAGGGAGGUUUCGGCCAAGUGCAUGAAGUCAAAGAGAAAGACACUGGCCGCCUCCUCGCCUGCAAACAAAUUCCCAGAUCCAAAAUCCGCAACCAAAUGCGAUUCAUCAACGAAGUGCUUGCUCUCAAGAACUGCGAUCAUCCCAACAUUGUCAAGCUAUAUGAAGUGUUCGAAGAAGAACACGAUGUGUUUUUGAUUCAGGAGAAACUCAAUGGCGGCGAACUCUUCGACUACAUCACAAACAGAGACUACUUGACAGAGGCCGAAGCAGCCAAAAUAUUUUCGCAGAUCAUCAAGUCUCUGAUUUAUUGUCACAAGAUGAAGCUGACCCACAGAGACUUGAAGCCAGAAAACUUUAUGUUCAAGUCUAGCAAGCCUAACUCUACAUUGAAGCUCAUCGAUUUUGGGUAUGCUAGGAUUUUCCAGAAAGAGCCAAAUGAUGGAAAAGCAAAGAUAUUGAGAAUGAGAUCCAAAGUCGGUACUGAGAACUUCAUGGCUCCAGAAAUGAUCCUCCGCAACUACUCCAGCUCCUGUGAUAUCUGGGCUGCCGGAGUCAUCCUCUACAUCAUGCUCUGAGGAUUCUACCCGUUCGAAGGCGAAGACGAAGAAGAAACUUUCAGACUCAUUGAGAACAUUGAGUACGACUUUGACGAUGAAGUGUUCGAUUCUAUCUCAGACGAAGCCAAAGACUUGAUCAGCAAGAUCUUGACACCAGAGAAAGACAGGAUCACACUUGAACAGGUUCUCGAACACCCUUGGAUCAUCAAGAACCUUGAGGAGCCUGAUGAUGGAGCCAUCAACACAAACCUGAUUGACAGACUCAAGAAGUUCUCAAAGAGCACCAAACUCCGUAAAGCAGUUGCAACUCUGAUUGCAACACAGGUGACAGACCGGAGUGUGUUCGAAAGCACGAAUGCCUUCAACAAGAUCGACACCAACAAGGACGGCUACAUCACUCUGGACGAGCUUGAGAGAGGAAUGGCUUCUCACCCGACUCAAGUCAAGCACAUCAUGGAUCAAGUCGACACUGACAAAAAUGAAAAGAUUAACUACAAUGAAUUUAUUGCCGCAACUUUAAAAGACAAGACUCUAAAGAACUGUUUCAGUAUCAACAAAGCUUUCGAUUUCUUCGACAAAAACAAAGACGGCCAGAUUGAUAAAGACGAGCUACAGGAAAUCCUCCAAGACUCAGACAUUGAUAGGGUGGAGACCAACAUCAUCAAAGGGAUUCUCCUUGAAUGUGAUGUUAAUAACGAUGGAGUGAUUGACAAGAAAGAAUUUUUCAGAUGAAUGAGUCUUAAGAGACAAGAUCCUUAA